GUCUUUUAGUAGCCAAUUGCUGUGUUUUGUUCUGAGCAGAUCUUAAUUACACAAUGUUAAAAGCAAUGGUUAGUGCUCACCAAAACACAAGGGCUUCUUGAACUGGUCACACGUUGUAUGUGUGUACCCCAGACUGGUGCUGRCAAUUCUGUUUGGAAUGAGGAAACUUGGAGAUGACCUCUUCAGAACAUGAGCAGUUUGUGAAAAUUAUAUUGUUCCUUUUGAAAGAGGAACAAUUUGGUGGUGAUGGAGUGCUGCCACUGACAGAUGGACUCACAGGAAAGAAGCUCAGAAGAGGCAGAAGGAGCCAAAGAGAGAGGCCUGGUCUAUGUUUGGAAGGCUGGUUCCUGCUCUGUAACUCCAGAAAGGCUUCCGGGCCUCAGUGGAAAGACAGUGUUACAGGCAGCCCUUGGAAUCCAUCAUGGGUUACUUCUGACUGAAGGUGGAGAGGUCUACAGUUUUGGAAAACUGCCCUGGAAACUGGGACCUGAGGAGUCAUGUGUUAACAGUCCUAUCUUAGAAAAUACAUUGCUUGGUCAUCGCAUUAUUACAGUGGCAGCCGGCAGCUUCCAUAAUGGAGCCGUGACAGAGAGUGGUGUGGUGUACAUGUGGGGGGACAAUUCUGCUGGCCAGUGCGCAGUCGCUAAUCAGCCCUGUGUGCCAGAGCCCCAGCUUGUCAGUAUCUGUGAUUCUGAAACCAGCCCUCUBUUAUCAGUAAGGAUUUUGCARCUGGCAUGUGGAGAGGARCACACRCUGGCACUAUCGCUGAGCAGAGAGAUAUGGGCCUGGGGGAGCGGCUGCCAGCUUGGUCUCAUAACAACAACUUUCCCAGUGACAAAACCGCAGAAGGUAGAGCACCUGGCAGGACGYGUUGUGCUCCAGAUUGCUUGUGGAGCCUACCACAGCCUGGCUCUGGUACAAUGUCUCCCUGUGCAGGAAAUGAAGCCUAUCCCAGAGAGAUGCAAUCACUGCAGUCAGCCUCUCAUUACCAUGACGGACAAGGAAGAUCAUGUAAUCAUUUCAGAUAGUCACUGCUGCCCACUGGGUGUAGCACUGUCUGAUAACCAACCAGAAGACAAUGUUUUCUGUCCCUCAUCGGAUAUCCCCACAGGAAAAAGUGCAACAGCUGGCCAAAGUGAAGAUUGUCAGAAACCUCUUGUGGAGCAACAUAGGUUUGGUGGUUUAGAGUCUGAUGGACCAAGUGGCCUUUCCAGCAACAGUGGACGGGAAGAUAGUGGAAUUUCUAGUUCAGCAAAUACUCCGUUCUCUAACAAAAAAGAAGUGAAAGAGUACUUAAUCGGUUUGUCAGAUCACUCAUUAAAUGAGAGCCUGAAUAAAAACACCUGUACAGAACCUGAACAGCCAUCUCAAGAGGAACAGCUCGGUGCUUGUAUCCCUGGCCCUCCAGGUAGCAGCACAUCCACRCUGAACAGCCUGGUGGCCUCCUGUGCCUCAGCAGUUGGGGUGAGAGUCGCUGCUACAUACGAGGCUGGAGCCUUGUCCCUGAAGAAAGUCAUGAACUUUUAUGGCACAUCUUCAACUGAGCCGGGAGCUCAGUCGGGCAGCAGAUCCCCAGGGCCCGAAGCGCUGAAAGACAGUCGAGAAGAGCAGGUCAGGCUGGAGUCCAUGCAGGGGAAAAAGAGUUCCAGUUUAGUAGAUAUUAGAGAAGAGGAGUCUGAAGGUGGGAGUCGAAGGCUUUCCCUGCCUGGCUUGUUGUCACAAGUUUCCCCAAGGCUCUUACGGAAGGUAGGAAGGGCAAAAAUGAGGACUGUGGCWCUGACUCCAACCUACAGUGGUGAAGCUGAUGCUCUUUUACCCUCUCUAAGAACAGAAGUGUGGAGCUGGGGGAAAGGGAAGGAAGGACAGCUGGGACAUGGUGAUGUUCUGCCAAGGCUUCAGCCAUUGUGUGUGAAAAGCCUUGAUGGUAGGGAAGUGAUUCACCUUUCUGCUGGUGGCCAUCAUUCCUUAGCACUCACUGCCAAAUCCCAGGUGUAUUCAUGGGGCAGUAAUACUUCUGGCCAGCUUGGUCACUUGAACUCCCCAACAACCGUCCCUCGUCUUGCAAAGGUUUGUGGUGAUGGUGUUUGGACCACAGCAGCAGGACUGGAUUAUUCCCUCUUCUUAGCAGAUGAGAAAGACUUCCAACCUGGAUUAUAUUACAGUGGCCAGGAGACAUCAACAGAAAACAAUUUGAAUGAAAAUAGCUGUAAUAAGAGUCCAGUUUUAUUACUAGCAUGUAGUAAGAUAGGGUACAUAAGCAAUGUGAUAGCUGGUGGUGACAACUGUCUGGCCUUAGUAGACAAAAACGUAAUGGGAUAUAUUGCCAGUUUGCAUGAGUUGGCUGCUACUGAGAGAAGGUUUUAUGUCAAACUGAGYGAGAUCAAAUCUCAGGUUCUUAGACCUCUUUUAGGUUUAGAUAAUUUGGGCAAUGCAAAUACAAUCCAGUUGUUGCAGGAAAUGGCAAGCAGGUUCAGCAAGCUGUGCUAUCUCAUUGGUCAACAUGGAGCUUCUUUAAGUAGCUUUCUUCAUGGAGUGAAAGAAGCCAGGAGCUUGGCCAUCCUGAAGCAUUCCAGUCUCUUUUUGGAUAGUUACACUGAGUAUUGUACUUCAGUAACAAACUUCCUCGUAAUGGGAGGAUUUAUGCUCCUUGCAAAGCCAGCAAUAGACUUCUUGAGUAGAAACCAGGAGCUGUUACAGAAACUGUCUGAGAAGAGUGAGGAGAACCUCCAACUAGUGGAARUUUUGAAUGCUCUGUUUUUCAUGCCAUUUGGACGACUUCAUAAUUAUGCCAGAACUUUGCUAAAGCUUGCCACGUGUUUUGAAGUGGCAUCUCCAGAAUACCAGAAGCUGCAAGAUUCUAGUUCAUGUUAUGAGAGCCUUGCUGUCCAUCUUAGCAGAAAAAUGAAAGAAGCAGAAUACACCCUUGGCUUCUGGAAGACCUUUCCAGGGAAGAUGACGGACUCCUUGCGGAAGCCGGAGCGUCGUUUGAUCUGUGAGAGCAGCAAUCGGGGGUUGUCCUUACAGCACGCAGGAAGGUUCUCAGUAAACUGGUUCAUCCUCUUCAACGAUGCUCUGGUGCAUGCUCAGUUCUCAACACACCAUAUCUUUCCCUUGUCCACACUGUGGGUAGAAGCUCUUUCAGAAGAAACUGGUAAUGUGAACGGGUUGAAAAUUACAACACCAGAAGAACAGUUUGUUCUUGUUUCUUCAACACCGCAGGAGAAGACCAAAUGGUUGAGGGCAAUAAGCCAAGCAGUGGAUCAGGCCCUUAAAGGGACUUCUGACAUGAUUUUGUAYGGAGCUGGUGGGAACAUACCAAGACAGGAACCUCCUAUUUCUCGCAGUGCCAAAUACACCUUCUACAAAGACCCUCGAUUCAAGGAUGCUGUUUAUGAUGGGAGGUGGCUUUCAGGAAAACCCCAUGGCAGAGGGAUCCUAAAAUGGGCWGAUGGACGAAUGUACUCUGGAACUUUCCGAACUGGGCUGGAGGAUGGGUAUGGUGAAUACAGAGUGCCCAACAAAGCACUGAAUAAAGAGGACCAUUAUGCAGGGUACUGGAAGGAAGGCAAAAUGUGUGGGCAUGGAGUGUACAGCUAUGCCACUGGGGAGGUGUAUGAAGGGUGUUUUCAGGAUAACAUGCGCCAUGGGCAUGGGCUGCUGCGCAGUGGGAAGCUGACCUCUUCUUCUCCCAGUAUGUUCAUUGGACAGUGGAUAAUGGACAAGAAGAGUGGUUAUGGAGUUUUUGAUGAUAUCACAAGAGGCGAAAAGUACAUGGGGAUGUGGCAAGAUGAUCUUUGCCAAGGCAAUGGUGUUGUGGUUACUCAGUUUGGACUCUAUUAUGAAGGAGCCUUCAGUACCAACAAAAUGAUGGGGACCGGAAUUCUGCUUUCUGAGGAUGAUACAGUSUAUGAGGGGGAAUUUUCAGAUAAUUGGACUCUGAGUGGAAAGGGAACCCUGACCUUGCCAAAUGGAGAUUAUAUUGAAGGUCUCUUCAGUGGAGAGUGGGGGUCUGGAAUAAAAAUCACAGGAACCUACUUCAAACCUAGUUUGUAUGAGAAUGAGAAGGACAAGCCUAAAGCACUGUGGAAACUUGGAAAUCUGGCAGUGUCUCCUGAUGAGAAAUGGAAGGCAGUAUUUGAAGAAUGCUGGAACCAGCUUGGUUGUGAAAGCCCUGGCCAGGGGGACAGAUGGAAGGCUUGGGACAACAUUGCGGUGGCUCUGACCACCAACCGGCGGCAGCACAAAGACAGCCCGGAAUUAUUGAGCCGUUCACAUACUCAGACACUGGAAAGUUUGGAGUUCAUUCCACAACACGUUGGUGCCUUCACCCUGGAAAAAUAUGAAAAUAUAAAAAAAUAUUUGAUAAAGGCUUGUGAUACUCCUCUCCAUCCCCUGGGCAAGUUGGUGGAAACCCUGGUAGCUGUGUACAGAAUGACCUAUGUUGGAGUAGGAGCAAACCGACGAUUACUGCAGGAGGCUGUAAGAGAGAUCAAGUCCUACCUCAAGCGCAUCUUCCAGCUGGUCAGGUUCUUGUUUCCUGAUCUCCCAGAAGAGGGCAGCACAAUUCCAUUUGGGGCAAUGGAGACAAAAGGAAGGCGAUCAUUUUGCAGUGGGAAAUCUGAUUCCGAAUCAGAAUCUCCUGAGCCAGGCUAUGUGGUAACCAGUUUUGGCUUGCUGCUCCCUGUGUUACUGCCACGCCUCUAUCCUCCUCUGUUUAUGUUGUAUGCCUUGGACAACGAGCGUGAGGAGGACAUUUACUGGGAAUGUGUUUUACGUCUAAACAAACAAACUGAUYUGGCUCUUCUCAGUUUUCUUGGAGUGCAAGCGAAAUUUUGGCCAGGAACUGUAUCAAUCUUUGGAGAGAGUAGAAAGGUAUCGUCAACUACAAAAGACUACUGCUUUGCCUCUGCUGUUGAAUGUUUACAGCAAAUCAGUACCACAUUUACCCCAGCUGACAAGUUGAAGGUGAUCCAGCAGACUUUUGAAGAGAUCUCCCAGAGUGUGCUUGAGACCCUUCAGGAAGAUUUUCUGUGGUCCAUGGAUGACUUAUUUCCUGUUUUYCUCUAUGUGGUGCUACGAGCCAGGAUAAGGAAUUUGGGGUCUGAGGUGCACUUAAUUGAAGACCUGAUGGAUCCYUAUCUCCAGCACGGGGAGCAAGGCAUCAUGUUCACUACCUUGAAGGCAUGUUACUACCAGAUUCAACAUGAAAAACUUACCUAGACCAUCAUUUACGACCUGUCUCUGUGGGAAAAUCUACUCAGUGGAACUUCACUGAAAACUACUUCUUCUCUGAAAUGGCCCAUAGAAAAUAYUUGGUUAUAGAUCUGCUUCUGCAGAUAAAAAUAUUCAGUUUCUUCUGAACUUUCUGUUCUAAGAUAUGAAAACUGCAGCCAGAGGCUUCCUGGGAAGUGGUAAUGAAGUUAAAGACUUGGUUUGUCAAAUACUUACCAAGAAGAAAUGCUUUCCUAUUCUAAAAGAAAGAUUAUUUACUCCUUUGAAAUUAMCCAUGCUGCACAAAGGCAUGAUAUCUACAUAGAACACAUGUGAAAGUCUGAACCGCAUGGCUUCCAAAGCAGUGGGUUUGCUUUUAUUAUUCCUGGUUUGUCAACAGAAACGUAUAAAGGGAAUGAAUUGCACCAGAGAACCAUUUGGUCUUCCUGAAUUAAGCUGUAUGUUUGUUUAUUUAAGAAAAUAGAAAUAUGUUAGUAUUUAUAAUGGGUACCUGUAGUGUGUUUGGCUGUAAAGGUUUUGGGGCAUCUGUGUUGAACAGCAUUGCUGAAUGCAGUAUUCAUGUGCUGUUGUGGAAGUAAUCACACUGUUAUGGACUUCUUGUUUAUUAGAAUUGUAAAUAUACAGGCAUUUACUGUUCUGUUUAUGAAAUAAAUAAAAGGCACUGACCACUUCA